AUGGCAAAAUGUACAUUCUUUUUGGUGGGUUUUUUGCUUUUGCAUUGUUGGGUAGCUAUGGCAGAAGAUGAGCAUUGGAAAUACAAAGAUCCAAAGCAGCCACUAAAUACUCGAAUCCAAGAUCUUAUGGAAAGAAUGACAUUGGAAGAGAAAAUCGGUCAGAUGGUUCAGAUUGAACGUGUUAAUGCUACUGAUGAUGUGAUGAAAAAGUAUUUUAUUGGAAGUGUUCUAAGUGGUGGUGGAAGUGCUCCUAAGGUAAAUGCAACUGCAAAGGAUUGGGUUGAUAUGAUAAAUAAAAUUCAAAAGGGUGCAUUAUCAACUAGGCUUGGAAUUCCAAUGAUAUAUGGAAUUGAUGCUGUUCAUGGCCAUAACAAUGUCUAUAACGCAACUAUUUUUCCUCACAAUGUUGGUCUAGGAGCUACAAGGGAUCCUCAACUAGUGAAGAAGAUUGGUGAAGCAACAGCCCUUGAAUCUAGAGCAACUGGAAUUCCAUAUGUCUUUGCGCCUUGCAUCGCGGUAUGUAGAGAUCCAAGAUGGGGUAGAUGUUAUGAAAGUUAUAGUGAAGAUCAUAAAAUAGUUCAAGCAAUGACUGAAAUAAUUCCAGGAUUGCAAGGUGAUGUCCCUGCAAAUUCGCCAAAGGGUGUUCCAUUUGUUGCUGGAAAAAACAAGGUUGCAGCUUGUGCUAAGCACUUUGUUGGUGAUGGUGGAACCACAAAAGGAAUCAAUGAGAACAACACAGCUGUGACCAGUCAUGAAUUGCUUAGCAUUCACAUGCCAGCUUACUAUAACUCAAUUAUUCAAGGUGUCUCAACCAUCAUGGUUUCUUACUCAAGCUGGAAUGGAGAAAAGAUGCAUGCUAAUCGCGAUUUAGUCACCGGCUUUCUCAAGAACAUACUCAAUUUUAAGGGUUUUGUCAUAUCAGAUUGGCAGGGAAUUGACAAGAUAACUUCACCUCCUCAUGCUAACUACACUUAUUCAAUUGAAGCCGCAGUCAAUGCCGGACUUGAUAUGAUAAUGGUUCCUUAUAACUACACAGAAUUCAUAGAUGGCCUAACCUUACUAGUGAAAAAGAAUGUCGUACCUAUCAGUAGAAUUGAUGAUGCAGUGAAGAGAAUUUUGAGAGUUAAGUUUGCGAUGGGAUUAUUUGAAAAUCCAUUGGCUGAUUAUAGCUUUGUCGAUCAGCUAGGAAGUCAGGAGCAUAGAGAAAUAGCUAGAGAAGCUGUGAGGAAAUCAUUGGUACUAUUAAAGAAUGGUAAAAAUGUUGAUAAGCCAAUACUUCCUCUUCCUAAAAAGGCUUCAAAAGUACUUGUUGCUGGAAGCCAUGCUGAUAAUCUAGGAUAUCAAUGUGGUGGAUGGACCAUUGAAUGGCAAGGAGUUGAUGGAAACAACUUUACUAGUGGUACCACAAUUUUGAGUGCUAUCAAAAACACAGUUGACAAAGACACAGAGAUAGUGUAUCAUGAGAAUCCUUCUUUAGACUAUGUAAAAUCAAAUGAUUUUUCAUAUGCAAUAGUGGUAGUUGGAGAGACACCAUAUGCUGAAACAAAAGGUGACAGCUUAAACUUGACAAUUUCCGACAAAGGAGCAAAAACAAUAUACAAUGUAUGCGGCAAAGUAAAAUGUGUUGUUGUUUUAAUCACGGGUAGACCUGUUGUUAUUCAACCACAUCUUGACAUGAUUGAAGGACUUGUUGCUGCUUGGCUUCCGGGUAGUGAAGGUUAUGGUGUUACUGAUGUUUUAUUUGGUGAUUAUGGAUUUAGUGGUAAACUUCCAAGGACAUGGUUUAAGACUGUUGAUCAGUUACCUAUGAAUGUUGGUGAUUCUCAUUAUGAUCCUUUGUUUCCAUUUGGAUUUGGUCUUACAACCGAAGGGAAUAAAGCUACUUAGGAAGAAUUAUAUUUUGUUGAAUAAUUUACAACAAAUGAAGGGUAUAAGGCUACUAAAAGUUUGAUUUAGUAUAGUCUUUUUAUAUUUUACAUGUUGACACCACAUUGGUGUUGUCAUUGUAACUUGUAAUUAGUGAAAUUGAUAAAACUGAUGUUAUCCAUGUAACUUUUUAUUAGUCUCUUUGCCACUUUUCAUUUGUAUUAAAAGAAAUUAGAAGUGUAAUUAAUGUGUAUAUUUUUGUAUAAAUUUCUAAAUUUCUCAUUAUAAACAGAUUUAUCCAGUUUUUAACUUUCACCUCAAAAUAAAUCAUAGUAUCAAUAUAGUAUAUUCACAUGAUAACCCAAAUUUGUGACAUUUCCUUAAAAUAUCAAUAGAGACGUAUAAGGCUGUAAUUAGUUGGGUGUUAUGUG